GGUCCGGCCGUGCGGCGCCGGGAGGAGGCGCGGGCGGCGGCGGGGGCGGCGGCGGGCGGCGGCGGCGGCGGGCGCGCGGGGCGCGGGCCGGCUCGGGCGCGGAGGAUGAAGUGGAGCGUCCGCGGGGCCUGCGCCGCGCUGUCGUCCUGCCUGCUGCUGGGCUGCGCGCUGAGCGCCGCCGCCGUGGGCCUCAAGUGCUUCUCGCUGGGCUCGGAGCUGCGCGGGGAGCCGUUCCGCCUGGGCGCGGCGGCGGGCGCCUUCUACUCGGGCGUGCUGCUGGCCGCCGGCCUGUCGCUGCUGGGCGCCGCGCUGCUGUGCUGCGGGGCCCGGGACGCGCCCCCGGCGGGCCCGGCGCUCGGGGUCCCCGAAGCGGCUGCGGCGGCGGCUGGAGCUCCGGAGGCCGCGCUGGGCGAGCCGGACGCGGCGGCGGCCGGGCCCCCGGGGCCGCUGAGCAGCCAGAACCUGCUGCUGCUGGGCGUGCUGGUCUUCAUGCUGGGCGUGCUGAGCGCCUUCGCGGGCGCCGUGAUCGACGGCGACACCGUGUCGCUGGUGGAGCGCAAGUACGCGCACUACUGCCUGGCCCCGCGCGCGCCGGGCCCCGCGCGCAGCACCCUGGACAGCGCCACGGCCGCCAAGUGCCGCCAGCUCAAGGACUACCAGCGCGGCCUGGUGCUGUCCACCGUCUUCAACGCGCUCGAGUGCCUGCUCGGCCUGCUCAGCCUGCUGCUCGUCAAGAACUACAAGUCGUCGCAGGCCCGGCGCGGCCGCCGCGGACGCCGGAGGGGAGGCCGCGCCCCGGCCCGGCCCCGCGGCGGCCCCGGGCUCCGCGCGCAGCAGCAGCCGCCGGCCGGCCGGGCGCGGCGGGGCCGGCGCGGGCGGCGCGGGCGGCGGCUGCAGCAGCAGCGGCCGAGCGAGGCGUCCAUCCUGUGCCCGGAGGAGUCGGACCUGAGCGCGCCGGGGGACUGCGCGGGCUUCGCGGCGCUCCACGCCGUCUCCUACAUCGACGUGGGCGUCCUGCGCGCGCUGGACGAGGCGGGCGUGGAGGUGUGCUGCGGCGGACACCCGUCGGUCGAGCUGCCGGGCUACGCGCCCCGCGACCCGGACCUCGACGCCUCCUACCCCUACUGCUGCCGGCCGCCCUGCGAGGCGGCGCGCCCCUGGGAGCCGGGCCGGGCCUGCUGAGCCGGGGGCCCGUGCACCGCGCGCCUCUGCCGUGCCGUGC